UUCGAAAGAUUCCAAGAUAAUGUUUCAAGAAAAGGAAAUCGAAAAAUUGAAACAAACUAUAAAAACUCUCGAAGAAGAAAAGAGUAUGGAAAUCGAAAACUUAAAAAAAAUAACAAAAAAACUCAAAGAAGAAGUAGUUAAGGACAUGGAAGCAUUGAAAAAUAGUACGGAAAACCUCAAAGAAGAGAAAGUAAUGGAAAUGAAAAUAUUGAAAAAUUCCAUAAAAAUUCUUAAAGAAGAGAAGGGUAAGCAAAUCAAAACCUUGAAAAAUAACAUGAAAACCCUCAAAGAACAGAACGAAAGGGAAAUCAAAACAUUGAAAAAUAAUAUAAAAACCCUAGAAGGAGAGAAGGACAAGGAAAUCGAAACACUGAGAAAUGUCAUAAAAACUCUCGAAGGAGAAAAGAAUGACAUGGUAAUGAAUGAAAGAUCAAAUGAGUCUCUAUAUCAAUCUGAAAUAGAAAGUUUGAAAGGUGUUAUGAAGGAACUUGAAGAAAAAAAAGCAGUUGAAAAUCUUCAAUUGGAAUUUUAUAAGGAACAAAUCCAGAUGUUGACACGUGAAAAAGAAACUCGUCAGAAGAAUGAUUCGCAUUUGAGGAGAUCGCGGCAAGAAAUAGAGAGAUUGAAUGAUGUCAUCAAGAGUCUUGAAGAGACAGAGAAGAAAGAAUCACUAGAACAUAUAUGGCAAAUGGAACAAUUGAAAGAGACCAUAGAAUCUUUCGAAAAUAAAAAAAGAAAAGAGAUAUCAUCGUAUGUGGCGGAAAUCGAAAAAUUGAAAAUAUUACUGAAAACGGUCAUAGAAAAAUUGGAAGAAGGUCAAAAAAGUGAAUUGGUGGUUAUUUCUAGUGACGAACCUGGCCUCGUUUGAUUCUUAUGAAGAAGACAAAAAUCAAAAUUUGUGUGUGAUUGUAUGUUUUCAACUUCAAAAUUGUUUUAUUAUCAAUUUUGACAAUGUUA